UAACUACCUGUGCCGACUCGUCAGAUGUCACAUAUUGCCAGCGAUAAACAUAUUCAUAACAUGGUAUAUAUAACAGACAAAUGGGAGACAGUCGUCCAAUAUGAAUGUUGAAAACUGAUGUUAAUUGACCCAUCUUCACAGACCAGUGGAAUUUUGGAUAUUUUCAAUUGCGUGCUUCAUUGUCGGUAUAACCAUGGAGUGGUCAUCAGUGGACCUACUUUGGACGUAUGAGGUCCAGCUCGGAGGAAUAAUGCCCUUUGCGCCGGAAAUACGGAAAGGGGAAUACGUCUUCCCAGUAUUCACAGACAAGGUCCGAUGCAUGGAGCAGGUUAAAAAUGAACCAUCAACGCAAUACGUCACAUCAUCCCAUCAAGCACAUCACCAUCGAGAUGUGCCGAGCGGACAUCAAUGUUUACAGAGAUCUGACUCGAAUGACUCGAGGACGUCGAAGUUGGCGGAGGCAUCAGUAUUUGUUCUAAGGGUAUCAAAUGAGAGAUCUGGUAAAUCUGAACUUGUGACCCAACCACCGUCAACAUCACGUAAGGACGUCAUUGGACCUUGGAACAGGCAGUGGGUGUCCAUCAACUCGUCGUACUACCAUCCAAGACCAUCCGAUGACCAUUGACCCACGACGGCGGGUUUACCAGGGAAAGGCAAAACUUUGUGAUGGGACUUGAAGGUGUGUGUAAGGUUUGGGGUGAUGGAAGGGAAGAUGAAGUACGUGAUGAUGAUGAUGAUGAUGAAAUGCCUGAUGGUGAUGAAUUCCUAACGUGACGCCGCCAUUCGGAAGCGUGUUUCAAAGCCCCGCUGCGUGAGUUACAUAGAAUGAAUUCGCCAGUGCUACCGGACGUGCAGUAUAUAUUCAUCGUACUGGUCGAAAACAAGAUCAAGAACUGUAUUUAUCAUAAAUUCUCACUACAGAGAAGUAAUACGGAAACCGGAAGUAAAACCAGUAGAUAGGAAGUGCAUAAUGCAUAGGCGGAUCCAGACCCCCCCCCUUCCCUUUUGUCCUGAAAGUUUAUUAAAUGACCAUUGAAACCAGUGAAAAUGAAGUGUGCACCCCCUCUUUUCUCAAUAGUGUGCACCCCUCCUUUCUCAAAAAGCUGUAUGAUGUAAAUGAUAUAGGAUUUCCUAUCGUGAAUCGAAACGAUUUCCUGUGACCGGAAGUUAUGACUUCAUACCGGAAGUAUGUUUAACCAACGUAUUACACAGAGAGAGUAUCGGCAUUAUCGGGUGAUAAAAUAAAUGCUGCCACAAAUAU